UGAUGCGCCAGAGUCGCAGGUGGCUGGGCUGUGCCGAGAUGUACCUCCGCUGGACAGCGGACUGUCCCAAGCCUCAGCGCCUGGGCGGUGAGCUCUUGCAGGCAGCCAGUGGGGAGCGCCACUCUCUGCUACUGUUCAGCAACCACCGGGUAUACUCCUGUGGGGACAACAGCUUUGGCCAGCUGGGCCAGAAGACAGAGCAGAAUACCGAACGGCCAAAACAAAUCCGGUCAUUGGCUACUCUGCACGUUGACCUCGUGAGCUGUGGGAAGGAGCACUCCAUAGCUGUCUGCCGCAAAGGAAGGGUCUUUGCAUGGGGAGCAGGUUCGGAAGGGCAGCUGGGGAUUGGAGUAUGUAAGGAAAACAACUUAAUACCUAUGAACAUAAAAUUUCCAGAUGGCAUAAAAAUAAUCCAAGUUUCCUGUGGACACUACCACUCCUUGGCAUUAUCGGAAGAUGGCCAAGUGUUUUCAUGGGGAAGUAACAGUCACGGUCAGCUGGGCCUGGAAAACUACAGUUCCCAAGCCAGCCCCCAGAGGGUGAAGUCCCUGGAGGGAAUCCCAUUGGCUCAGGUGGCUGCGGGUGGCAAUCACAGCUUUGCUCUGUCUCUCAUGGGGACUUCAUUUGGCUGGGGAAGCAACAGUGUUGGGCAGCUGGCCCUCAGUGGGGAAGAAGCCAAAGCAGUGAAAAUCCACAAGCCUAAUUCAAUUGGUGCCCUGAAGAGUUUGGGUGUGGUUUAUAUCAGCUGUGGUUACGAGCACACUGCAGUGCUUACCCAGGAUGGGAAAGUGUUUACAUUUGGAGACAAUAGCUCUGGGCGGCUUCAGCACAGUCCCCAAAGUGAGAGAAGAGGCCCACAACCCGUGGAAGGACUUGGUGGCCCUGUUUCAAUGAUAGAGUGUGGAAGCUAUCACACCCUUGCAUAUGUCUACACCACUGGUCAGGUGGUAUCUGUAGGCUGUGGACCAAGUCUCACAAGCAACCCAACCCACCAGGAGGCCCAAGCAGAGAACCCUGGUGUCACCCACCUGCUCUCCGCAAAAGAGCUUGUGGAUAUUCAAGUCAAAGACAUUUUUGCUGGAGCAUAUACCAACUUUGCUACAACUCAUCAGGUAUCAGAUCCUAGGUCUACAAGUGUUUCCAUGAAAAUUCUGCCAGAAAUUAAUCGAAUCGACCAGUCACUGGUACAGAAGUGGAUAACAGCAAGAAGAAAUAAAGAGCGUGAAGAAGCCGAAAGAGAAAUCAGCACUAUAUUUUCAUCUUCUGCUUGUUUGACUGCAAGCUUUUUGAAGAAAAGAGAUCCUGGAGAGAAGAAUUUCAUUGAUGUGGACUUAAUAAUGGCAAGGGAUGUCUUCAAGAAGUUAGCAGAAGUGCCAUGGAUUUCUUCCUUGAUAAUCACAUGUCUUCAGAAUAUGAUUAUCAAAGGUCUUCCAUACGAUUCUUCACAUCAAGAUGCUCUAUUGGUUUUUCUUUUGCUCCCAGAAUGUCCCAGGAACUUUUGGGAGACCCUGACAGUUGAAUUUGCAAAGGCUAUUUAUAAAAUGAAUACAGAAUCACUUGAAUUCUUGAAAAAAUGCUGGAAAUCUUUGGACAUUUCUUCUCUGAGUGCACUGGUCCAGAUGCUAAAGACCACUAUCAUUGCCAUCUCUCAGCUGUGGUAUCCAAGUUUAAUGAUGCAGGAUCAACAUGGUCUGAAAGUUCUUUUAGAAGUGAUGAAACAUGUGCAUGAGGUUAACCGUCGACUGCCAGCAAGUACUUUCAUCAUAAAUGAGCUUUCUGACAUCUCAAACUUCUUUAUGGAGGAAAACAAACUGUUCUACAGGUAUAGCAAUCAGUUACCUUCAGAAUCCUCUGGUCUUGUUUUAAGUGACUUUUUAUUUUGUUUCAAUUUGCAAUCCAAACUUACGUUGAUGCAAUGCGACUCAUUUGCAAAACUGAGGUGUGACACCAUGGCACCUCAAGGAAGCAUGAGACCAGAACUCUUAACACUGAGAGUCAGACGAAGUCACCUGGUUGAAGAUGCCUUGUAUGAGUUAGGAAAAGCCGAAAAGUCUGACCUUAGGAAACCACUAACGGUUGAAUUUAUUAACGAAGUCAGUGCUAAGAGUGCAGGGGUGAGUUCAGAGUUCUUCCACUAUAUAUUUGAAGAGAUGACAGACCCCAAAUAUGGAAUGUUUGUGUAUCCCGAAAAGAACUCCAACAUGUGGUUUCCGGUCAAUCCUAAGUUUGAGAAGGAGAGAUAUUUCUUCUUUGGGAUCUUGUGUGGACUCUCCCUAUCCAAUUUAAAGGUUGUCAAACUUCCUUUCCCACUGGCUUUGUAUAAAAAACUUCUGAAAAAAAAGACAACUUUGGAAGAUUUAAAAGAACUCAGUUUUCCCUUGGGGAAGAAUUUGCAAGAAGUUCUCAAUUGUGAGGCUGGUGAUGUCAAAGAACUUGACAUGUAUUUUUCCAUAUACUGGGAUCAAAAAGAUGUUGGCUUAAUUUCAAAUGGGAUCUCUGAACCUGUGAACCAAACCAACAGGCAAAAGUACGUUUCUAGGUGUGUUGAUUAUAUUUUUAAUACUUCUGUAAAAACCAUUUAUGAGGAAUUUCAUAGAGGAUUUUACACAGUGUGUAACCAGGAUAUAAUUAGACAGUUCCAUCCUGAAGAACUAAUGAAAGCAAUAAUUGGAAAUGCUGAUUAUGACUGGGAACAAUUUGAAAAUAAUUCACUCUAUGAAAAAGAGUAUCACAAAGCACAUCCAACUAUUCGACUCUUUUGGAAGGCUUUCCACGAAUUAACUUUGGAUGAAAAGAAAAAAUUCCUCUUGUUUCUUACAGGAUGCGAUAGGUUUCACAUAGAAGGCCUACAGUUUGAUGGAAUAAGAUUUCGUUGUCCUCAAACUUUCAGUGAAGAGGAUAACCCAAGAUCAUUGACAUGUCACAAUAUUCUAGACCUGCCUAAAUAUUCUACAAUGGAAAGGAUGAAGGAAGCACUUCAAGUGAUAAUCAACAAUAACAAGGGUUUUGCCUCAUGGACCUGAUGCUGAAAUAAUCCACUCCGAGCAUUCUCAUCACCAGCCUUAGGAAUUAGGUCUUUGAUUUCUGGGCUCUCCUGUUUUUCCUUAAUCUAAUUGGUACAAAAGGUUAAAGGAUUUUACUUAUAAUUAGUUGGACAGUUUUUUGAG